AUGAAUUCCUUAUUCCCUACUUUCCAAGAUAUUGGAAUUUACAGUGAAGUUUGCCAAAAUGGCACAAAAACAUGUACGGAACAAAUUGUUAUCUAUGCCAAUGCUUUCACUACGUGUUCCGUCGUUCAACUAUUUAUAGGAGUUGUCAUUGGCCCUCUGAUUGAUCAUUUUGGUCUGCGCGUAAUCAACAUAGUCUCAUCAGCAAUCAAUUUCGCAGGCUUACUCAUGUUCAUUUUCUUAACACCCUCUUCUGCAGUAAUAAUCUUUAUUGCUAGCACUCUGAGUGGAAUUGGAGGUUCGGGGAUGAUUAUUUGCACACUAAGCGCUGGUCAGCUCUUCACGAGGACUUCUUCUAUGGUGGUCACUCUAAUGCAAGGCGUAGGCGAUAGUUCAUCUGGCUUUUUUGCAUUUGUACAUCUCGCUUACAAAGCAGGAUUUUCCUUCAGAACUUCGUUCGUCAUAUUAGCUCUUGGAGCUCUAAUUACAGGGUUACUUAAUUCAUUAUUUGUACAGUCAUACUGGCUUCAUGAUAUGCCGAAGUAUAAAGAGGACGCUACUGAUGAACCGAGAGAUGGAAAUGUAUAUGAGGUCGGGAAUGAAGAAACCACAGUGGAUAUCAGAGUAGAUGCUGCGAUAACAGAGAUACUCCCUACACCGAAGAGAUCAAUGAGGUCCGUGACUUUCUUAGUAGCACUGUUGUUCAUCUGUCUUGGUUUAUUUCAAUUCAACUUCUAUCUAGCUGAAUUCAGUAUACUUUUAGACUACUACUUUGACAACCCAGAGACCACUGAACGUUUGAGUAGUGUUUUCACGUUUAUCCUCCUGGGUGGCAUUCCAGCAGCUUUCCUUUGUGGAGCAAUUAUUGAUAAAAUUCGAAGUGUGCAUAAACCAAAUUUGGAAAACCUCUUAGCACUUCCAUCAGGAUAUGAGCGAAAUUACGCUGUAUUGAUGUACAACUCAAGACCAGCAGCCAUUUCGAUGUAUAUAUUUGCAGUGCUUACAGUUACUGUGACUAGUCUUCAAUUCAUUGCCUCGGAAGACGCAUUCUAUGCCAACUUUGUCGUCUUCUUACUCAUGCGUGGAUUUCUUUUCACCACAUUCUCUAUAACAAUCAUCACAGCCUUCCCACUCUUUCAAUUUGGAACCAUCUUUGGAACUACAUUAACUAUAGGUGGAAUUUUCUCGAUGAUUCAAUAUGGCCUUAUUCAACUAAAUCCAAAGACAGCAAAUUCCAUUGCUCUCAUAUUGGCUUUUCUUCUAUUUAUUCCACCCACAAUUAUCUACAUCAUGUCGUCGAAGGCAUUGAAGAAGCUUCCAAGUGGUAAUAAAAUAGAUCACUGUGUUCCAUUAAAGGUUCGAAAAAUAUUGGCUGUGCUGCUAGGUUCGCUUGAAAUGUGCUUUAGUGGCGUCAUCUAUGGGAUGAAUUCCUUAUUCCCUACUUUUCAAGAUAUUGGAAUUUACAGUGAAGUUUGUCAAAAUGGUACAAAAGCAUGCACGGAACAAAUUGUCAUUUACGCCAAUGCUUUCACUACGUGUUGUGUAAUUCAACUCUUUGUGGGAGUUGUCAUUGGCCUUCUGAUUGAUCAUGUUGGUCUACGGGUAAUCAACAUGAUCUCUUCAAUAAUCGGUUUCUCAGGCCUUCUUAUGUUCGCUUUCUUAACACCCUCUUCUGCAGUAAUAAUCUUUAUUGCUAGCAUUCUAAAUGGAAUUGGAGGAACGGGAAUGGUUAUUUGCACACUAAGUGCUGGUCAGCUCUUCACGAAGACAUCAUCCAUGGUAGUCACUCUCAUAGAAGGAGUAUAUGAUAGCUCAUCCGGAUUAUUUGCCUUUGUGCAUCUGUCUCACAAAUUUGGAUUCUCCUUCAGAUAUUGUUUCGUCAUAUUAGCUCUUGGAGCUCUAAUUACAGGGUUACUUAAUUCAUUAUUUGUACAGUCAUACUGGCUUCAGGAUAUGCCGAAGUAUAAAGAGGACACCACUGAUGAACCGAGAAUAAAGCAUAUCAGAUUAGACUUACUUAUUUGUGUAUUAUUUAUUUCCCUUACUUCAUUGCAGAAAUCAAGUGCAUAUAUGUUCAAGAUUGAUGAAAUCUCAGUGGAUAUCAGAGUAGAUGCUGUGAUAACAGAGAUACUCCCUACACCGAAGAGAUCAAUGAGAUCCCUCUCUUUCCUAGUAGCUCUGAUGUUCUUCAGUCUUGGUCUAUUUCAAUUCAACUUCUAUCUCGCUGAAUUCAGUAUACUUUUAGACUACUACUUUGACAACCCAGAGACCACUGAACGUUUGAGUAGUGUUUUCACGUUUAUCCUCCUGGGUGGCAUUCCAGCAGCUUUCCUUUGUGGAGCAAUUAUUGAUAAAAUUCGAAGUGUACAUAAACCAAAUUUGGAUCACCUCUUAGCACUUCCAUCAGGAUAUGAGCGAAAUUACGCUGUAUUGAUGUACAACUCAAGACCAGCAGCUAUUUCAAUGUAUAUAUUUGCAGUGCUUACAGUUACUGUGACUAGUCUUCAAUUCAUUGCCUUGGAAGGCGCAUUCUAUGCCAACUUUGUCUUCUUCUUACUCAUGCGUGGUUUCCUCUUCUCCACAUUCUGUAUAACGGUCAUCUCAGCAUUCCCACUUUCUCAGUAUGGAACCAUCUUGGGAGCGGCUUCUACUCUCAGCGGUAUUUUCGCGCUGAUACAGUAUGGUCUUAUUCUACCAAAGCCAAAGAUAGCAAAUUCCAUUGCUCUCAUAUUGGCUUUUCUUCUAUUUAUUCCACCCACAAUUAUCUACAUCAUGUCGUCNUGA